UCAAAGUGUCGACGAGGCAGGCCAAAGAUCUUGGCUUGAUUCUCUGGCUCUUAGGUUUAUUUUCCACCUUAAUUUGGGCCAAGGGGAUACAGAUUCGAGGAGCACGGAGAAGAGUACUACGAGGAGAGAGCACCGCCCCCAUUCCACGUUGCCGCUCCGAACCACCCUGAAACAAGGCAGCGCUCUACUAUGCCGCUCUCCAACUCUACAUCCGCGCCGGCGGCCGAGGUGCUCCUCCCAGAAGGGCUCCGGUCGGAGUCGCUGCCGCGGCACGUGGCGCUGGUGAUGGAUGGGAACUCUCGGUGGGCGGCAGCGCGGGGCCUGCCACCGACAGACAGGCACGAGCACGGGAUGCGCGCGCUGAUGAGGACGGUGCGGCUCUGCCGCGCCUGGGGCAUCCGCGUCGUCACCGCCUUCGGCUUCUCGCUCGAGAACUGGAAUCGACCAAAGGCGGAGGUUGACUUCUUGAUGGCCUUGAUCGAGAGGUUUAUCAACGACAACCUCGCCGAGUUCAUGAGGGAAGGGACCCGUCUACGUAUAAUUGGUGACCGCUCAAGGCUGCCAAUCUCUGUGCAGAAGACCGCGCGAGAUGCCGAGGAGGCAACAAGGAACAACUCGCGUCUCGAUCUAGUCCUAGCCAUCAGCUACAGCGGGCGGAUGGACAUUGUGCAAGCAUGCCGUAAGCUCGCCCAAAAGGUGGACGCCAAGCUGCUCAGGCCGGAGGACAUCGAUGAGUCGAUGUUCGCCGACGAGCUCCAGACCAGCUGUGCGGCAGACGAAUCCUCCUCCUCUUGCCCGGACCUGCUCAUCAGGACCAGCGGCGAGCUGAGGCUCAGCAACUUCCUGCUGUGGCAGUCGGCUUACUCUGAGCUCUUCUUCACCGACACGCUCUGGCCUGAUUUCGGGGAGGCCCAAUAUCUCCAGGCAUUGACGGCCUUCCAGAGCAGAGAUAGGCGCUUUGGUGCAAGAAAACAUAAUGCAGCGCUAUAAAUAAACGGUGCGCGCACGUGACCCGAUGCUCCAUCAUGCUCUAUCUAUCUCUAUCUGGCUUUAUAAUCAGUUUUUAUUACCUUCAAAUAAAGUGUUCCCCUCACGUACGGUGAGUGGUGUACUACAGCAGAGGCUACUAAAACUUCUCUCCCGUGAUUUACUA